AUGUCUCCCUCAACUCGUUCGUCGAAUGAUAAAGUAAAUGGCGCAAACAUUAAAAGUGUCUGUGUGUUCUGUGGCGCCGGAGACGGUGCAGAUCCAGUUUUUGAGCAAGAGGCUAUCGGUGGCGGAUCCGUUGGUUUAAUGGGAACAGUUGCCAAAGCUGCAUUAGAUAAUGGUGGCAAAAUUACAGCCGUCGUACCUGAACCAUUGUUCAAGCAUGGUAGUAAGCAACUCUGUGAUCCCAUUGUUGUUCCUGACAUGCACAGCCGUAAGCGCCGUAUGUAUGAUGAGAGUGACGCUUUCGUUGUUUUGCCCGGCGGCUUCGGCACCAUGGAAGAGAUGUUGGAAAUGAUUACUUGGUCUCAACUCAACAUUCACACAAAGCCCAUUAUCCUCGUUAAUACCAAAAACUACUAUACUCCAUUUGCGGAAUGGGUCAAGAUGUGUGUUAAAGAAAACUUCAUCAAAACUCACAAUGCUGAAAUUUUUGUCCUUUGUGAAUCAAGCAAAGAUGUCAUCGAUACCUUAAAGAAUUAUACAGCCCCAAAAGCACGUUAUGAGUUCCAGUGGACAAAUUUUGAGAAAGAAUCCUUGGUUUAA